AUGGAGUCUGCAACUAAACAUGCUAGAGCUUCUUCAAACAUAUCUGAUAUUGUCCAUAGAUUUGCGAAAGUUUGUAGAUUAAGAUCUACGGGAGUGUUUUCAGGUGAAAACCCUACCCACGACCACCGCAAAAGGGCCUCUUCUACUGGAGAUAGCAGCAAUACUACGGAUGAGAACGAGUUUGAUGAGCAGAAAAUCCAUCCCCAUCCCAUUGAAGGAACCCUAGUUGGAAGUGAUAAAGUGGCUGCUACUGCUGUGAUUCCGAAGCUAUUUGAUAGCAUUUCAGCUCUGAAACUAGCUUACAUUCAGCUUCAGGAGGCUCACAUUCCCUUUGACUCUGAAAAAAUCGAAGUCGCUGAUGACCUUGUUGUGUCCCAGCUCAAAGUCCUCUCUGACAUCAAGCGCUCCUACAAAGAGAAGCAAAUCACCAGCCCCAAGUGUGAUUCCACCUCAGGGAGUUCUCUUCUGUUUGCAGAGAUCCAAGAUCAUGAAAGCCGGUUGGAGAAAUUACAGUCUCAGAUCCAAGGCAAAGACUCCCUAAUCUUCGAACUUCGGCGAGAACUUGAGGGGUUGGAUCGUAAUAAUGCAUCUUUGGAAGAGCUGUUGAAGAGACGGAAAUAUCUUGAGGAAGAAAAUAUGGGACCUUGUAGGGAUUUGGAACCAAAUUCGUUCGUAGAAGUUUUCAACGCGGCAUCGAAGUCGAUUCACGAUUUUGCUAAGCCCUUGAUUUGUCUGAUGAAAGCUUCAUCCUGGGAUCUUGACCUUGCUGCCAACUCCAUUGAAGAAUCAGUAGUCUACUUGAAAAGAUCCCACAAGAAAUAUGCAUUUGAAGCCUAUCUGUCUCGCAGAAUGUUCCAUGGUUUUUUCCCCAAACUCCAUAAUUUGGAAGAUAUUACAAGGUUUAAAGACCCAUUUGAUGCUUUGGUUGCGGAACCAACUUCUAGUUUUGCGAACUUUUGCAGAUUAAAGUACCUCCUGGUGGUACAUUCUAAAAUGGAGGCAUCAUUCUUUGGGAAUUUGGAUCAGAGGACAUUUGUUAUGAGUGGGAAGCAUCCAAGGACACCACUAUACCAGGCGUUCGUGAAAAUGGCGAAGUGGGUUUGGGUUUUACAGGGACUUGCAGCCUCGGUGGAGGAUAAAGCUGAGAUAUUUGGGGUCCAAACAGGUAGCGAAUUCUCUGAGGAUUACAUGGAGAGUGUAGUGGAAGAUGAGGAUGAUGCCCUCGGGAUUGACAGGGAACAAGGAAGGCGCAUUGUUGGAUUUAUGGUCAUGCCUGGCUUCAGAGUGGGGAAGGCUGUGAUUAGAUCUCGUGUUUAUCUCUCCAAGAUGGAAUGA